GACCAACAUGGCGUCCUGCGUGAAGCUGCUGGGAGUCGCGAGCCGCCUGCGGCUCAGCUCCGUGCGGCGCGUGUGCGCCGUGGCGGCGCGGCCCCGCGUCGCCGCCGCGGCGGAGGGCCGGGGGUCCGCGCGCUGGCGCGUCGAGGCCGCGCGCGUCCCCGGGGUGAGGGCGUACGGGAACCGCGCCUCCGGGGAGAGCGGCUCCGGCUCCCCCGGGACCUCCGGGUCCUCUGGGGCCGAGGACGAGCCGGAGGACCCCGCCAACGUCACCGCGCUGACGCCCAUGUUGGUGCCGGAAGUGUUCCCGCACGUGCCGCUCAUCGCCGUCAGCCGCAACCCCGUGUUCCCGCGCUUCAUCAAGAUCAUCGAGGUGAAGAACCGCGGGCUGAUGGAGCUGCUGAGGAGGAAGGUCCGGCUGGCCCAGCCCUACGCUGGAGUCUUCCUCAAGAGGGACGACAGUAACGAGUCCGACGUGGUGGACUCCCUGGACCAGGUCUACCAGACCGGGACCUUUGUCCAGAUCCACGAGAUGCAGGACCUGGGGGACAAGCUGCGCAUGAUCGUGAUGGGACACCGGCGGAUCCGGAUCUCCAGAGCCCUGGACCAGGACCAGGACCAGGACCAGGACCAAGACCAGGACCAGGACCAGGACCAGGACCCGGUCCUGAGCCCGGACGCGGACCGGGACCGGGAUCUGGACCAGCCCCCCCGUCAGUCCCCGUCCGGCCCGCAGCCGAGGACCGCCAGGCGCAAAACCAAACGCGCCCACAGGGAGGACAAGGUUUCAGAGUCGGGGGCGGAGCCUCAGCCCUCGGACGUCCUGAUGGUGGAAGUGAACAACGUGCAGCACGAGCCGUUCACCGUCACCGAGGAGGUCAAGGCUCUGACAGCGGAGAUAGUGAAGACCAUCCGUGACAUCAUCGCCCUGAACCCGCUCUACAGGGAGUCGGUGCUGCAGAUGAUGCAGGCGGGCCAGCGGGUGGUGGACGACCCGCUGUACCUCAGCGACAUGGGCGCGGCCCUGACGGGGGCGGAGUCCGGCGAGCUGCAGGACGUCCUGGAGGAGACCAGCAUCCCCCGGCGGCUCUACAAGGCGCUGUCCCUGCUGAAGAAGGAGCACGAGCUCAGCAAGCUGCAGCAGAGGCUGGGCCGCGAGGUGGAGGAGAAGAUCAAACAGACGCACAGGAAGUACCUCCUGCAGGAGCAGCUGAAGAUCAUCAAGAAGGAGCUGGGCCUGGAGAAGGAGGACAAAGACGCCAUGGAGGAGAAGUUCCGCGAGCGCCUGAAGGGCCGCGCGGUGCCGCCGGCCGCCAUGGCGGUCAUCGAGGAGGAGCUCAACAAGCUGACGCUGCUCGACAACCACUCCUCCGAGUUCAACGUGACCCGGAACUACCUGGACUGGCUGACCAGCGUCCCCUGGGGAACCAACAGCGAGGAGAACCUGAGCCUGGACCGGGCCGCCGCCGUCCUGGACGAGGACCACCACGGCAUGGAGGACGUCAAGAAGCGCAUCCUGGAGGUUGUAGCCGUUAGCCGCUAACUGCUAGCGUCACUGUUUCCUCACAGCAGAUUGUAGCUGU